CGGGAGAGGGGGCACCGAGGGCCCUGGGCCGUGGCCUGCGGAACCGGGCUCGGCGUGGACGCGAUGCGGAUGUCCGGGGUGCCCGGGGCGGUGCCGCGGUUCGCGUGGCCGAGCGGCGGAACCGCUUCUGCCCCGGGGCCGUGGGGGAGGCUCGGGGGGCCGGCACGGCGGGGACCCACGGCUGCCCAUCCCCGGGACCACGCGUGUGUCCCCCCGCCACACGUGUGCGGCACAAGCCCCGCGGCCGGGGCCGCUCCGUGGGGCGCGGGCGGUGCCACCCCGGGACACGCGUCCUGCAGGGGCAGCGGGGUGGGGGGCGCGCCCAGCCCUAUGGCAGCCCCCGGGGGUCCUGUGACCCCACCUGCUCCCACCACGGCCCGGGGGGAGCUGGGGGGACACAGCAGGGACAGAGGGGACGCUCAUUGAUGCUGCUCCCUCGUGGAGGGCUCACCGGGGCUCCGGGGGGCUCACCAGUGUGGGGCUGUCGCUGCUGUGGGGACUCACCCGUGUGGCUGGCAGAGACAACGUGUCUGGGACAUCCCAGUCAGGCCAGUGGCUGACACCCAUAGUGAAUGGCUCGGGGUGCCCCAGACAGUGACGCCCAUAUAUCAGGGAGCCCCGGUGUCUCCCAGCUGCUGUAACACCCCCAGUCUGUAAUCUUUUUGGCCACUCAGGUGGCUAAAAAUAGUACAGGUCCCCCCGGGCCGGCCCCGCCCGGCUCUGUCCGGGUUAAUCUUCAGCUGCUGGUCACUGUAAUGAGGCCUCAUUACCUGACAUCGCAGCAGGCAGGGCACUGGGACAGGGACGGCUCUGGGCAGUGACACGGUGACAGGGGCUUGGAGCAGCACAGCCAGGCUGUGUGUGGGUGAGGGAGGUGGGGGGACACGGAGGACAGUGAACUGGGUGGCCUUGGUGGCCUUGCCACGCUGCUGUGGGAGUCCCAGCAGCUGGUGUUCCCAGGGUUGUGUUGUCAGCCCCAGCACGGUGACAGUCCCCAGUGCACUGCAGUGCUUGGGGUAGCAAUGUCCCCAGGAGACAUGUCAUGGUCCCCAGCAGUGGGAGGGGAUUCCUGGAGACAUGACAGGAUCCCCCAGGGGGUGGCAGGGUCCUAGAGACAUGACAGUGUCCCUGAGAGCUGUGCCAGGGUCCCCAAGGGAGGGCCCCAGGGGCUGUGCUGGGGCCCUGCGGGGUGUGUCACUGUCCCCUGCAGCGUGCCUGUGUCCCCAGGGGCUGUGCCAGCAUCUCCAGGGAUUGUGCCAGUUUCCCAAGCACUGUGCCAGGCCCCGGGGGAGCUUGUGUUGGUGUCCUCGGGGGGGUUGCCAAUGUCCCCAGGGGCUGUGCCAGCGUCACCAGGAAGAGUGCCAGUUUCCCAAGGGCUGUGCCAGGUCCCCAGCAGGGUGCUGGUGUCCCUGGGGUGAGGUGUGUUGUUGUGGUGUCCCCAGUGCUCACACCAGGGUGCGCAGCAUCGUGCCAGUGUCCCGUGGCUGUGCCAGGUCCCCUGGGGAUGCUGGUGUCCCUGGGAGGAUGUUGGUGUUCCCAGGGUUGUGUUGUCACCAGAGCACGCACUUGGAUGCCCAGUAGUGUGCCAGCGUCCCCAGAGUUGUCCCAGGUCCUGGGCCAGGCUGGCUCGGGGCAAUAGGGACAGCACAGGGGGGUCCUGGCACAGUGAGGGGACCGAGCCCCCAUCGGGGGGCCCGAGGCACUAUCGGGGACUGCCAUCCUGGGGGCCCCGCCUGUGCUCCCGAGAGAUUAGGGGGGAGGCACUGGAGUGCAGAGGUGCGUCCCAGCCGCGCUGCCGAGGUUCAAACUCUGCGGUGGCGGUGAAGGUGACGGUGACAACAGGAGGGCCUGGCCUCGUGCAGGCUCGGCAAAGACGCCCCAGGCUGGUGACAGCCCGGGCCAGUGGCGGCCUGGGCAGGGGACAUGGCGGGGGGCGCGGGGCUGGCCAAGCGCCUGGGGACCCUCCUGUCAGGGCUGCUGGAGUGCGGCGCCUUCUGCGGCAUCAUCUUCGGCUGGGCCUCCCUCGUCUUCGUCCUCAAGGACCUGGGCUACUUCGAGGGGCUGUGCCAGCCCUCCGCCACCCCCGGCCCCAACUUCACCCUGGGGUCUGACUGCAGCAGGCAGGAUGAGCAGUUCUCCCUGGUCUUCACCAUCGGCUCCUUCAUGAACAACUUCAUGACCUUCCCCAUGGGCAUCGUCUUUGACCGCUUCGGCACCACGGCCGCGCGCCUCAUCGCCAUCUCCCUCUACACUGGCGGGACCCUGCUCGUCGCCUUCUCCACCCCAGAGCUGGCGAUGCUGCUCUUCCCGGCCAUGUCCAUGCUGUCGGUGGGUGGCAUCCUCCUCAUCCUCACCAACAUGCAGGUGGGGAACCUGUUUGGGAACUACCGCUCCAUCAUCAUCACCCUCUACAACGGGGCCUUCGACUCCUCCUCCGCCGUCUUCCUCAUCGUCAAGCUGCUGUACGAGCACGGGCUGUCCCUGCGGGCCAUGUUCCUCUUCCUGGCAGCCUGCAGCGCCUGGCACCUCCUGCGCACCCUCUUCCUGAUGCCGCGCAGCCGCAUCCCCUACCCGCUGCCCCCCGAUUACAACUACGGGCUGCGGUGCCGGGGCCGUUCCCGCUCCUACCGAACCCGCAAGGACAAGCAGCCCCCGGGAGAGGCUGGACCCGAGGAGACACCCCUGGAACCGCCCGUAGCUCGAGGUGCCGGUGGGGACGCCACCGGGACGCCGUUCCGGUCCUGCGCCUGCUCGUGGCUGUUCGCCUGGCAUGUCGCCUGGCUCUCGGUGAUGCAGCUGCGGCAUUACCUGUUCAUCGGCACCCUCAACCCGCAGCUCGAGCACCUGGCAGGGGGGGACCACGCCCUGGUGAGCACCUACACCAACGCCUUCGCCUUCACCCAGCUCUGCGGGGUGCUCUGUGCCCCCUGGAACGGCCUCAUCCUCGACCGGCACAAGCGGGGAAAAGCCCCCCGCCCUGAGGGGACCCUGGCCGCGCUGGCAGACCUGCGGUCGGCGGUGCUGUCGCUGGUGGUGACGGUGGCACUGUGCCUGCUGUUCUCUGUGUUUGCUGCUCUGCCUGUCCUGCCCGCCCAGUUUGGCACCUUCGUGCUGCAGGUCAUCAGCCGCUCCUUCCUGUACGGUGGCAAUGCUGCCUUCCUGGCCAUCGCGUUCCCCCCGCAGCACUUCGGGAAGCUCUAUGGGCUGGCCAUGGCACUGUCAGCGCUGGUGGCCCUGCUGCAGUACCCCUGUGUCGCCCUGGUGCAGGGGCCGCUCCAGGGGGACCCUUUCUAUAUGAACUUGGGGCUCAUUGCCGUGGUGCUGGUGGCCUUUGUCAGCCCCGUGGUGGUUGCCCGCAAGUGCCAGCGGCGAGCCAAGGAGCUGGGGAUGGCUGGCACACCCCUGGCAGCCCCCUCUGGCACUGAGAUCCACGCCGAGACCCCACACUGAGCCUCACACCCAGAGCACCAUUUUUGUAGCAGCCUGGGGGUGCUGUGCCAGUGGGGUGGGGGGGGGUGUUGGGCAUAAUAAACAUCACUGCCCCCUCCA